CGUGAGGACAGAAGCAGACAAUCAGCAGAAAUGACUGCCAGGCUCCAGUAGACCAGAGACCACAGAGCCGUGGUCGUGUUGUACCGGGUGGGUUUGUUGUUCUGGUCCGCAGCAGACAUGAAGAUCUCGGACGGUGUGUUGCGGAGCUUCCGAGUGGCCCGGACCUACAGAGAGAACUCUCAGAAGGUCAACUGUGUGGACUUCAGCCCGAGUGGACAACACGCGAUAUCCAGCAGCGACGACGACUGCAUCGUGCUGUAUGACAUCCAGGAGGGGAAACCCAAACGUACUCUGUUCAGCAAGAAGUAUGGAGUGGACCUCAUCCGCUACACACAUGGAGAUACACAGACAGUGGUCUACAGCUCCAACAAACUAGAUGAUACCAUACGAUACCUGUCUCUGAGUGACAACAAGUACAUCCGCUAUUUCCCCGGACACACUGCAAGGGUUAUUGCUCUCUCCAUGUCUCCAGUGGAUGAAACUUUUAUCUCCGGCUCACUGGAUAAGACGAUCCGGAUCUGGGACCUGCGCUCUCCAAACUGUCAGGGUUUGACUAAUCCACUGGGCAAACCUGUUUGUUCCUUCGACCCUGAUGGGCUGAUAUUUGCUGCAGGGGUGGAAUCACAGGCCAUUAAACUUUACGACCUUCGUGCUUUCGACAAGGGUCCAUUCGCUUCCUUUGAGACGAGGUUUAAUCGCACCUGUGACUGGACAGGACUGAAGUUCAGUAACGAUGGGAAACAGAUUCUCAUCUCGACAAACGGAGGGAUGAUUCGUGUCCUCAAUGCAUUCAGUGGAUCUGUGCUGCACAAUUUUUCUGGCUACAACAACAGUAGAGGCAUCUCCCUGGAGGCUUGCUUCACUCCAGACUCACAGUUUGUCAUGAUCGGCUCAGAGGACGGGAGAGUUCACGUUUGGAGCACUGAGAGCGGGAUGAAGGUGGCCGUGCUGGAUGGGAAACAUCCAGGACCCAUCAACACGCUGCAGUUUAACCCCAGAUACAUGACGUUUGCCAGCGCCUGCACGAACAUGUUGGUGCUAGAUUCAUUCAGAGAGCCUGCACACAGCUGGGACAAAGACUACGACCAGUGCCUGCUGCCUCUGCUCACGCCUCGGGAGCCCUGCUACAUCCUCUAUCGUCUGGACUCCCAGAAUGCACAGGGAUACCAGUGGGUCUUCAUCGCCUGGUCACCUGACCAAUCAGCAGUGAGACAAAAGAUGAUGUAUGCAGCGACCCGUGCCACAUUGAAGAAAGAGUUCGGAGGAGGUCAUAUCCAAGAUGAAAUGUUUGGCACAGUCGAGGAGGACCUGUGCUUCCAGGGAUACCUGCGUCACAUGUCGUCCUGCUCCUCCCCAGCUCCUCUCACAGCUGCCGAGCAGGAACUGCAACAAAUUAAAGUCACAGAGGAUAAAGUUGUAUGGGAUGAACGUAGACGAACCGGGACUCCAACCGCACGAGCCAAGGUUACGAUGGAGUUUGGCUUAGAUAAAAGGGCACAGGCUCUUCAGGGCCUUGCAUUCCCGUUACAAGAAGAGGCCAAACGAGCUCUGCAGCAACUCAAGCAGAAACGCAUCAACUACAUACAACUGAGGCUGGAUGUAGAGAAAGAGACCAUCGAGCUGGUUCACACCAAACCCACAGAGACCCACGAUCUUCCCUACAGGAUCCCCACAGAUUCACCCAGAUACCACUUCUUCAUCUUCAAACAUUCCCACCAGGGUCAGCUGCAGGAGGCGCUGGUGUUCAUAUAUUCGAUGCCUGGCUACACCUGCAGUAUCAAGGAGAGGAUGUUGUACUCCAGCUGUAAGAACAGGCUACUGGACGAGGUGGAGAGAGACUACCAGCUGGAGGUCACCAAAAAGAUGGAGAUAGACAGUGGCGAUGGCCUGACAGAAGACUUCCUGUACGAGGAAGUGCACCCGAUGGAGCACACCUUAAAGCAGGCCUUUGCCAAGCCGCGUGGACCAGGAGGCAAGAGGGGCAACAAACGCCUCAUCAAGGGUGCGGGGGAGAACGGCGAAGAAAGUUAGAUGCUUUACACACACGUAUAAAUAAGUACACAAGAAGAAAACCGAUACACAAUAUGUAUGAAUUGACUUGUUAUUUUUUGUUUAAUUUCUAGCCAUUCCUUCUUUAUUUUUACUCAAGGACACGCAGCGAACACAAACAUAGAUCC